GAUGACAUCACCAGCUCGUCCGUCAGUUCCUACGUGACCACUCCGUGUGUUAUCUCCAAAGACAUCCAGGUGUCACCAGUACACACGCAGCUCCAAACAGACGUUCAGAAGCACAGCACUGUGGACCGCAACGCCGCGUGGCCCGGACCAGAGGUCAAGAGGUCAGACGGGGGGUCAGACAGCGGGGUGAGGAUGGAGCCAGGCUCCAGAUGGGGCCGCCAUCCUUCCGACUUGUCUGACGAAUCAGAUCGCAGCUCGACGGGCCGCCGGACGCCAUCCCACACCGCAUCCUGGAGGCGGGGCAUGAGCGCCCAGGUGGGAGUGACCUCAGCCAGGGCCACGGCGCCCAUCGUCACGGCAAACAACGGCUCAUUGAAGAGCCAUGGGACAGGUAAGACGGACGAUGCCAAGGUGUCGGAGCGAGGCUGUCUUUCUCCACGUCCCAACGGCCUCCAGCGUUCGCCCUCUGACACGCCCGGAGGCGCCCCUGCCAACGAUGCCAAGAAGCCCCCCUCCUCCUCCCGCACCCCCACUGCCACCAACACCUUUGGCUUCAAGAAGAACGGGGGAGCGCUCACCAUGAUUACGGCCGGCGGAGUCACCAUGGUUACGGCCAGCGGGGUGACCAUAACAAGUGGUUCGGCCACCCUGGGUAAGACUCCCAAAUCCUCCCUCCCGCAGGGGGGUCAUGGGGUUCGGACCCUGGGCCGCCAAACUAGCGUGGACGACGGCUACCUCUCUGCCAGCGGCCGGCACUCCACCCUCCAGUACCGAAGCCUGCCCAGGCCCAGCCGGUCCUCCGGCACUGGGGCCAUUAACGGGAGCCACGGCAGUGCCACCCUCCGCUCCCCCAGCGGCUCCAUGGACCCCAGCCGCUCUGCCACACUUCAGGGGUCGAGGGGUCGUGGAGGCAUGGCCAAGACCAGCACGUUGGCCAAUCAGACAGACAGGGAGAAGGGCGUGUCUGUGGAGGGUGGGUUGACCCCCCAGGGCAUGGGGGCACUGACCCCCCAGGGAGGAAGGCAGAUGGGGGGAAAGUAUGCAGACGUGUCGUCCCCCACCCUGCGCAGGCUGUUUGGUGGAGGUGUGAAGCCUGGGAAACAAGCCCCAGUCACCACCAUGGAGAACAUGAAGAACUCCACAGUCAUCUCCAACCCUCACACCAGCUCUGUCCAGCAGGGCGGCGCUCUGGAGUCCCCCUCUGCCUCGCCAAGCAGCAGCAGCCCUCUCUACGGGGUCGGUGGUGGGCCAGGAGGCCGGGGUGGUUUGGAGCCCACUCUGUCCCCCCUGGCCUCCAGCCCUGGGUCGGCCCUCUCUACGCCCUCCCAGUCCCACAGCCUGGCCUGGAGUCCAGCCACCCUCAGCCCCAGCCUUGGGUACCCAAGCGGAUACCCCUCCCUGGGCAGCCUGGCCACCAGCACUGAGUCUAUGGACGUGUCCCUGGGCAGUGCAGGAGGAGGCAUGGUGGGGGGGCACCAUGGAGGGGCCAGGGAUGAGGGGCCAGCUGGCUGUGUGAGGAACAAUGGCAUCAGGACUGGCUACUCAGACAGCCCCCUGUCCUCCCCUUCAUCUAGUCCCAAAUUCAGUCGCAACACGUUACCUAGGAAACAGGACAGGUAUGCCCACCUGCCGGCACUGAGGGGCCAUGAAGAGCCUCGUGAUUGGCUGCGCUCCCACUCAGCAGGAGGUCUCCAGGACUCUAGCUCCUCCUUCUCCCAGGGCUCCAGCCUCUCCUCACCCUCUGGCUCUCGCUUCAACUUUGCUCAGCUCGGAAGUCCUAUCGCUGCGGCCCACAUGACCCUGGGAAACCUCCGCAGCACCAACGGGCUGGCCAAUCAGGAGGGAGCCAACGAGCCGUCCAGCGAUACUGGUCUCAGGAGCUCCUGCAUGUCCCUGGAGGAGAGGAGCAGGACCAUGAGCAGCUCCACUUCCUUCCGAGACGGGCUGGAGGAGGUCCAUGGAUCCUCUCUGUCCCUGGUGUCCAGCACCUCUUCUGUCUACUCCACACCUGAAGAGAAGUCUCAGUCAGAGAUUCGUAAACUGAGGAGGGAGCUGGAGGCUUCUCAGGAGAAGGUAUCGACUCUGACGACACAGCUCAGCGCUAAUGCCCAUCUGGUUGCAGCGUUUGAGCAGAGUCUGGGGAACAUGACCAUCAGGCUCCAGAGUCUCACCACCUCCUCAGAGCAGAAGGACUCUGAGCUGGGUGAGCUGAGGAAGACCAUUGAGUACCUGAAGAAGCAAAACUCAGCGGCCCAGGGUGCCAUUAACGGAGUCAUCAACAGCCCGGAGCUCACCUGUACCACUAACGCCCCCACGCCAGGUGGUAUGAGCCCACAGUCCCCCCAGUCUGAGCUGCGUAUCCACAGACAGCACUCCUCAGACAGUGUGUCCAGCAUCACCAGCGCCACCAGCCAGUCUAGUCUGGGCAGCAGCCUGGACCUGGAUGCCAAGAACAAGAAGAAGAAGAAGAACUGGCUCCGUAGCUCCUUCAAGCAGGCUUUUGGGAAGAAGAAGUCUCCUAAGUCUGCCUCAUCUCACUCAGACAUGGAGGAGAUGCUAGACUCCUCCCUGCCCUCCUCCCCCAAGCUGCCCUACCAUGCCUCCACCUCCUCCACCCCUGCCCUCAGGACCUCACUCUCCAACUCUCUCCCCUAUCUGUUUUUGCUGCCCACUAGUGGGCGAGGCUGGGGCAGCAACACAGGCCUGUUGAGGAUGAGCUCUCUGGCAGGGAUCUCAGAGAGUGUGGACAGUGAGGCAGAGAUGGUAAUGCAACUGCGUAGUGAGCUGAGGGAGAAAGAGAUGAAGCUAACAGACAUCCGUCUGGAAGCUCUCAGCUCUGCCCACCAGCUGGACCAGCUCCGGGAGUCCAUGAACCGCAUGCAGUUGGAGAUGGAGAGGCUGCAGCAGGAGAAUGAGCGUUUGAAGACAGACAGUCAGGGCUCCUCAGGUCCCCCUCAGGCCGCCAUAGUCUCGCCCUUAAACAACCAAUCACAGCACAGCCUCAGCCUCACAGAGUCCACCAGCCUGGACAUGCUGUUGGAGGACAAUGGGGAGGGCUCUUCCAGGAAGGAGGGGAGACACGUCAAGGUGGUGGUCAGUUUGGACCAGGAUGCCACGUGGAGAGAGGAGGGCAGGCAUCGCCAGUUCCUGAUUGGUUGCAUAGGCGUCAGUGGGAAGACCAAAUGGGACGUUCUAGAUGGAGUGGUUCGACGCCUCUUCAAGGAGUACAUCAUCAAUGUUGACCCGGCAGGCCAGCUGGGUCUGGGCUCAGACAGUGUUCUGGGCUACAACAUCGGAGAGGUCCAGAGGACCAGCGGCACAGACACCCCAGAACUGCUGCCUUGUGGGUACCUGGUGGGGGAGAGUGACACCAUCACCGUGUCUCUCAAAGGUGUGUGUGUGCACAGCGAGGACAGCCUGGUAUUUGAGACUCUGAUCCCGCGUCCCAUCAUGCAACGCUACGUGUCCCAGCUGCAGGAGCACCGCAGGAUCAUCCUAUCAGGGCCCAGCGGUACCGGCAAGAGCUUCCUGGCCAUCCGAUUGGCUGAGCACAUGAUCCAGAGGGAGGGGCAAGAGGUCAAGGAUGGGCUCAUCGCCACGUUCAACGUUGAUCACAAGUCCAGCAAGGACCUGCGCCAGUACCUGUGUAACCUGGCAGAGAAUUGUAACAGCAGGAGCCAGCAGCUGGACAGGCCCCUGGUGGUCAUCCUGGACAACCUUCACCACAUCCCAUCUCUGGGGGAGCUAUUCAAUGGGCUCCUCAACAGCAAACACCAGCCCUGUCCUUUCAUAAUUGGAACGAUGAACCAGACUUCUUCUGCCACUCCUAACCUGCAGCUUCAUCACAACUUCAGGUGGGUGCUGUGUGCCAAUCACACAGAACCGGUGAAGGGUUUCCUGGGGCGAUUCCUGCGCAGGAAGCUGCUGGAGACGGAGAUAAACAAUCGUGUGCGGAAUGGCGAGCUGGUGAAGAUCAUGGAGUGGAUCCCCAGAGUGUGGCUUCACCUCAACCACUUCCUAGAGACACACAGUUCCUCUGAUGUCACCAUUGGGCCCCGCCUCUUUCUGUCCUGUCCCAUGGAUGUGGGAGGGUCUAGAGUGUGGUUCACAGACCUGUGGAACUACUCCAUCAUCCCCUACAUGCUGGAGGCAGUCAGGGAGGGACUGCAGGUGUGUCUGACCUUCCCCCAGCUGUUUGGCCGAAGGGCGGGGUGGGAGGACCCUUCCCAGUGGGUGAUGGAGACAUUCCCCUGGAGCUCCAGCCCCCAGCAGCAGGCCUGCCCCCCCCUGCUCCAGCUGCGGCCACAGGACGUGGGCUUCGAUGGAUAUGCCCUCUCUAGCGACGGAUGCCCCAGCAUGCAGAACCCCCAGGGAGAGAAGGACACAGACCCCCUGAUGAGCAUGCUGAUGAGGCUGAAGGAGGCGGCACACAGCUCUGGGCCACAGAGCUAUGACUCCGACUCCAAUAGCAACGAUCACCAUGAUGACCAGCUGGACCCUUCGCUGGAGUCUUCGUUGUGAUUGGUGGAUUAAUCCCUCUUGCUGACAUAGUAGCAGCAUUUUAGGGUUAAAUACAGAGGUGUUCUUGUUUAGGCUCAAUCUGUACACUUCCACUGCUAUCCCUGAACUGAAUAAACUUAAUCGAGUGCACCUUAUGAGAAGUCUAAAAGACAAAAAUCAAACUGAGAUUUAAAUCCGAGACAUGAAAUACUGGAUAAUGGUGCACAUAUUGUCUCAAAAAGUAUAACAUAUUAUGUAAAUGUAGCAAUCUAUACUGAGGAUUCAAUCAAAUCUGCAUGGGGGAUCGCCAGUAGGUGCUGAUCAUCCCAGGAGAAACACCCCUCUGGGUCCAUCUCAACGAGGCCUUGCUCAUAUACCAGAGGUUGCCUGCACAAACACCAGGGGAUAGCUGCAGAGUUUCAGAAGCUGUGAGUUUUGGUUGUUAUUAGGUUCCCAGGCUAGCUCAGAGAUGUUCCUUGUUGCUUCAAUGGUGCUCCCGGGGAGUGAGAGAAGAGGAAGGGUCUAGGCGGACCAAUGUCAGUGACUCAUCGACAUCUCUGCCUCUCAGUGUUUAUGUGUUUGAUUAGUUUGUGUUUCAACUGUCCAGCAGGGCAGGGGAGAAGAUGUCUUCUGACUGUGUGUAGCACAAGGACUGAGAGAGAAGAAUCCUGCUGCACUGUGCUGGCAACACAUACCUAAUAGAGAACUGAGUUUACAAUAGUACCUCAUGGUCUUCCCCGAGAUCGCAGAAUUGUUGUGCGUAGUAUCUCUCUUUCUGGUUUUGCUGGUAUUCCAGCAACUGACAUCUAUAUCACAGCUCCAGUGUAAUUUCAGAUCAAGGGUGCUGAGGAUAAUCCAUAAGGCCCAUCAGAGAGGUCCACCUCCGGGCCAUAGAGAACUUCACGCUGGGCCAGAGAGAGAGGUCCACCCUGGGCCUAAACUACCCCAGAUGAUAGCUUGCAUGUCCAGGGAGUCACUCAGGGGAGUUAGCAGCUGUAUUCAUUAGCAUCAAGUGCUAAUGAGAUCUGGUGUGUUGCUGUAGGUCGAGUGACCAAGGCUUUCUUUCCUCAUAGCAUGGAGGGUUCUCUCAGAGGCUUAGGCAGAUGUGAGGUACCCCCCCACCCCCACCCCCCAUGGGCUUGCCCCCCGGUCCUUAUGUUCCUGCUACCCAGACUCAGUGUUCUUAGAACAGAAUUCUAUGCAACAUGCAUUCUAGAACUUUAGACUGAUGCCAAAAAAGACUGGAGUGUUUAUGGUACUUUUUCAAGUUAUUGAUGCCAAGAUGUGUUUUCCUGUCGGUCAGCCUGUGAACUGAUCUGUGGAUAAUUAGGUGGGUGUGUUUUCAUUGCUUGAGUAUGUGGUUGAUGCAAGAACAAAUAGAAAUGUGUGUUUGUGUGUGGGUGUUGAUGUUUUGUUUGUUUUUACCACAGAGUUUGUAUAUUGAAAUGUGUAGGGGAAAGGUGAGAUAUUUCCAUCAUCCAGUUGUUAAUAAUCUUUUGAUUAGUCUUUAAUAUGUGAAUUUUGCUCAUGUACAUUUUAAUUUUGUAAAGAUUAGAUAUUUUCCAUGUUUCAAUUAAAUUUUCUAGCAGAACUAGUAUUUGUUACCAAUGUACAGUUUCCAUAUCUUUUAAGUUGUUAUUCCUUGUCAAUUUAUAGGUUUCCUAAAUGAAGAAACUUUGUGAAUGAAUCUGA